AAUCCCCUGUACACGUCAUUUCUCAUGCCGGAUGUGUUUCCAUUCGUUUCUGCGCAAGAUCGGUUUUACAGGAAAAUCAUGGCGAACACACAUAUUUCAUACCCGGCAGUCCGCCCCAAACCUGAUGGGUCACAGAGGGUGGAGGUUCCAGUGGGGAAUUAUGGCGUCCCAGAAAUGAUGAAACAUGGAUUUGACAAGAAUGACUCCAUCUCCAAACCAGUGCAUCCCUUAGAACAGUCCGAGAAACAGUGGAAUGGGAACAAAAUGAAGAUGGACUUUGCCAUGCUACGAAAGACAGAAGGCAUCCAUGCCCCUCUGAGACUACAAAUGGAAUUCAGAGUCGCCCAAAGGGAAUUACGACUACCGGGACUAAAAAGCUCAGGUUUGAUGAUGGACAUUUUAACAGGCAGGGAUGAGAUGAUUGACUUUGAUGAUAUCCUUAACAAUCCUUAUGAAUCGGAGACGAUUGUUGAUCAUCACGGUCUGAUGGAGAAGAGGCUCAACAUACUAUAGUGCCACCUGGUGGUGGAUGUUAUUUAAUGGACUCUUCAUAUCAUUAUCUGUCGUGCUACUCAUUUUUGUCAGAAUUAAAUUCACAUUUUUCAUGUCA